UGCGAGGAACGCCGAUCAUUAAUCGAAUCGAGAUAACACACUAAGACGAUCCCCCGCAGCAUUCUCGCCGUUUUCUGCUGUUCGCUGGCCGCCCAUCUCAGCUGGUCGAGUUGGACUUCUUGACCGUGAGCCGCGGAGGAACUAUAUAAUUGAAUCUGGUGCAUGACCUUACCCCUGUACAAUGGCUGAUUCAUCAUCUGAUUCGUCAUUUUUUGAUCGUAUGAUCAGCCAGCUUCGUACAACAUGCAAGUAUUAUACUGGCUAUCCAAAGGACCUUGGACCAUCAAGGGUUAUUCAUUUUACCUCAGAGCGUCAGUUUAUCAAGCUCCUUCAGGAAGAUUCUCCUGUCGUUGUUGCAUUUACUAUCAGGGGUAACUACACGAAACAUCUUGACAAGGUAUUGGAGGAAGCUGCUGCUGAGUUUUAUCCAAGUGUUAAAUUUAUGCGCGUUGAGUGUCCAAAAUAUCCUGGGUUUUGCAUAACACGACAGAGAAAGGAGUAUCCGUUUAUUGAAAUAUAUCACAGCCCGGAGAAGGCAGCGAACCAGGGAAGGAUGGCUGAUCCAAAUAUUAUUAAAUACAACGUGAUGGUCUUACCUUUUAAUUACGACCUCAGUGUCUAUGGAUUUAGAGAGUAUUUUAAGCGCCAUGGAAUACAGGCAUCAAGCCCCAAGUAAAGAUAAUGCGAAAGGAGAAGUCCCUUAUUACCUGUGCUAUGUGAUAGUGAUAACAAUUAACAGUGUAUUUUCCCAUUAGGUAGGGUUUAAGGAGGGAUAGAUGUACGCAGCCUUGUUCUUAUAAACAAAGAGGCGGUUUCUGGGGAUUUAAACUUCCAACUUUCAGAUCAUUUGACAGCAACCAUUAUUGUUGCUUCAAGACUCAUUUGCAUAAGUCCCACAUCUGAAUAAAUAAAUUGAGAUUAUUUUUUCUUGUUGGUUUG